AUGUCUGCCCCAGCAAGCUUUAAGGUCGCUGCAGUUCAGGCAGCUCCAGUUUCGUUCGAUCUCCGUGCCUCGAUCCAAAAAGUCAGGCAUUUCACCAAGACUGCGGCGCAGGAGUCCGCUGAUCUCGUUGUUUUCCCAGAAGGGUUUCUCAGCGCAUACCCGUGGCGUUACGCCUUCGAUGCAACGAUAGGAGCACGAGAGCCCCGAGGCCGGGAGUGGUUCUCCAAAUACUACCAGUCGGCCGUUGCGAUUCCUUCGCCAGAAUUUGACGAGCUCCGGAACAUUGCAAGAGACUACAACGUGUUCCUGUCGAUCGGAAUCAUCGAGAAAGAACGAGGAACCUUGUACUGCACCGCAAUCCUCCUCUCGAGAACGGGCGACUUGCUGUACGCACAUCGAAAACUCAUCCCAACGGCAGCCGAACGACUCGUGUGGGGUAGAGGAGCAGGAGAUGGACUUCAAGUUGUGGAAACGGAAAUAGGCCGUGUAGGCGGACUCAUCUGCUGGGAGAAUUAUAUGCCUGCUGCCAGACUAUCUCUAUAUCAACAAGGCAUCGAGAUCUACAUUGCACCGAAUGCGGAUGACUUGCCUUCGUGGGUGGCGUCGAUGCAACACAUCGCCAAAGAGGGACGCUGCUUCGUUAUUUCGUGCAACCAGUUCUGCAAGGUGGCCGACUUUCCGUCUGACUAUCCACCCUUCUCACCUGGACAUCAUGACAGACAGCCAGAUGGCUCUCCGUGGACCCCCGACGCCGUUCUCAGCCACGGCGGUUCUUGUAUCGUUGGGCCGCUGGGUACAUUCAUAGCCGAGCCUGUCUGGGAUCAGGAAGAGAUUGUUUAUGGGCAACUGAAUAUGGAAGAUCUGAUACAAGCCAGAAUGGACUUCGAUCCGGUUGGAAGCUAUGCAAGGCCGGAUAUUUUCACGCUAACCGAAAAAUAUACUGCCACCGGUGAAGGUGGCGUGUACAUCUUGUGUCUGAUCAGAGGCAAAGAAUGCCGCUAUGUCAAAAGCAACCGUGGCGGACCCCGUGUGUCGCGCAAAAAAGCCAUCAUGGCAGUGGAAAGGCAACGGCGGUCUGAGGAAGCAGUACCUCAGACCCAAGAAAUUGUCCCAGACAUUCAUAUUGAUUGGGAUGCACUGAUCCUGUCAUCCGAAGAGAUACAUAACGACCUCAUUGCCACCAUGAUCUCUCCCGGAGCUGGGUUGAUCGACGUCGGGGACGAGGACGACAGCGACCAGAUCUUUGACAAUAUUUUCAUGCCCGCUUCCGAAGGCGAUGAAACAAUGGAUUCCUUAGACGAUGAUUCACAGGGAAAAUCCUACACACCCAUUACUCGGAGCUAUCGAGACAACGAAGCCAUCCUCAAUGCCUACUACAUCUUCAUCCAUCCGUACUUCCCCAUCCUGCCACCGCCAGUGACGACACUGCAGGUCGAUGAACCGGCUAGCGAAUCGAAAUUCUUCGAGCCAGCAUCUCCCUUGGUAAUGGCGUUAAUGGCGAUCCUUGUGCUGAUCCCCCAUCCGGAAGACGAGUACCCGGACAGCGAUGAGUCUGUGUGUCUCAGAAGGCAACAAGCGCACUCGUUCUCCCAGAUGGCCAUGGAGAGCAUCGAGAUAGAGACUGAGCUGCUCGAAUCGGCGAUAAAACCAUCCGACGCUUUGGAUCAUCGGAGACCGUCGGUCGAUCGCGAAAAGCUCCACCCAUAUGUGCCGGUGGAGUUGGAAGGUGUGCUGGCACAUGUCCUGCUGAGUAUCUAUGAAUAUGCUCAGCGGGGGAAUCUGGCAAAGAUGAGAAAUCGAGCCAGUCAAGCAUAUGAUGCUGCUAUCAGACUCUGCCUGCACGACAUCUCUGAUCUUUCUUUGGACGAAUACACAGAAGCGCGUCGACGCGCCUGGUGGAUGACCUACACUGUCAUUCUGCAGUCCUCUAUUGUUAGCAGCACGCCUCCAAUCAUCUCGAUUGAUUUUCAUCAAUUCAAGACUCCAUUGCCAACGUCGACAGCAGACCCUGGCGCGUGGUUGUUUUUCAUCGAAGCCCAGCAGUGCAUUCUAAGGUGUACCCAGUACACUGUCGCGCUGAAGAAGGCUCUCGACGCCGGGAUGGGGGACAGUACGCUGGAACAGAGGAAAGCCAUGCUUGAGAGCAACCUCGAUUCAGUACUUUCUAAAUACGCGUCCUCCACGAACGAAUCAACCGCUGCCCCGUCGCCCACGGAUGCUGAGGAGCACUCCCUCGCCAAAUCGCUACGGCUGCAGGCGCUGAUCAAGCUCAACAGUGCGAGGAUCAAACUCCAUCGAUAUCGCGCUUUUCAGGACGUCCCAAUAUUCACCCGUCGUCACUGCGAUCUGGAUCAAGCCGAUGUAUCUUCUCCGCGGCCCCUAGGAUGCUCCUGUCAUGCCAUGCUGCCAUCUACAUUCUCAAACAUUUCGUCAUCCAACGGCUUUCAGUCCGGCGGAUUCCCCGGGCUCUGGUCGCAGUCGCCUCACGGUUCCUCUUUGGAUGCAUCUAGCGACCACGCAGAGACGCUCACCAAAGGAGUAUCGAUUACCGACCUGCCAGCCGCGAAGACUUGUCUCAAAGCUGCCCUGGCCAUUGGCCGCGCAUUUGAAUCACUCCCUUACCCCAAUCCAAUGCAGUCGCCUCUCCCCAUGCCUUGUCCCUCAACUCUAUCAGCAAUCUCGUCGACUCCGGCCCCACGAACCAUGCCGUCAUUCGCCUGCUGCGCCAUGCAAAGCUGCUACACGCUGCUCACUCUGUGCUACAAGAGCCUGGAGAUGCAAUGCAUCAACCAGAGGAGUUCGGCUGCCGACAAGGGCAUUGAGGAUCUGUAUGCCGGGGUCGGCAGAGUUUUGAGGGCGCUGCAAAACUAUGCAGUCGCGUUCGAGGCGCUGAACGGCAUGGUCCGUAAGUUCUUGUUCCAUCUGCCUCGCCGUUUGACAAAGUUCUCAAUGCUGAUUCAACUUUUCAGAGCAGGUAGAGGAAGCCCUGGAGGCGCUGAAGCAUGUACGGCAGCACAAUAA